CUCUCUGUGCCAUGUUCUCAGCAUAUAAAAAUGUCUCUCUCACAGUCUGCGAGUGCUCUCUCUCUCUCUAAAGCUCUCAUUUUCUACUUCUUCAAUGGUGAAUGUUUUGUAGAAAGAAGCUUUUGUCCGAAUUUCAUUUUUCAGAGCUUCCAAGGUUUUUAAAGUAAGAGCUUCUCAGAUUCACACUCUCAGUUUGUCCCUUUCUCAGCUUUUGAAGAACGACCCUCUCGGAUUGCGACUCUGGUUGUGCCGACAUUUCAUUGGUUUGUGUGGGCGAAUUGGGAUUUGGUUUGAACAAUCUAGAACUUGCUCAUUCAACCCCAUUUUUUGUUGAUUAUUUCUUGUGGUUCAAAUUUGUGUAACAACCAGUUACUUAGAAAUUAAAACCUCUGAAAGUUAGGGGUUUGAGAUUGUACUUAAAGAUUUUGUGGGUAAUUGGCUCCUUCGUAGAAGAGAGAUGGAGAAUGAUAGGAAGGACUGGAGGGAGAUGGUGAGAAAGAUGCUCCCUCCGGGUGCUUCUCUCCCAGAAGUUGAGUCUGACCUCGAUUACUCAAUAGCGAUGGAGUAUUCAGGGCCACCGGUUUCAUAUGAGCUUCCUAGAAUUGAACCCCUUGAAGUAAAUUCGACUGUGAUUCGCACUGUGCCCGUAGUGGAGCCACUUUCUGAAUCACGAAGGUCGGUGACCUGUGAUGCCCCACCUGUAAUUGAACCAAUCCCUUUGCCGGUGUCUCGCCUUGCUGGUGUCACAAGCCCUCCUACUCAAAGUCCGAGAAUCUCUGGAAGCUCGGAGUCUGUAGUGUCUGUGUUGCAAAACCCUGAUUUUUCUUCUGCUUCCCCUUCAGCAUCUCCGGGUUCUGUUCACAACCCUCCUAAUAAUUCUUCUAGACAUCUAGUUAAUGAAGGAAGGAGAGCCCCGGUUGUCACUUUCAAUACUGUUGAUAGAUCGGAAAGAAAAGACAUUGAUGUGGAGAAACAAGUUUUUCCCAAAUAUGUUGGGGUUGUCAAGGAAAAGAAGAAGAAAAUGAAAAGAAGAAUCUGUUAUAGGUGUGGAAAAGGGAAGUGGGAAACAAAGGAGUCAUGCUUGGUUUGUGAUGCCAAGUAUUGCAGCAAUUGUGUGCUUAGGGCAAUGGGUUCAAUGCCAGAAGGGCGUAAAUGUGUUACUUGCAUCAGUGAACCAAUUGACGAAUCAAAGAGGUCCAAACUGGGUAAACAUUCAAGAGUAUUAGCUCGAUUGCUUAGUCCUUUAGAAGUCAAGCAAAUAAUGAAGGCAGAGAAAGAAUGUGGCGCUAAUCAGCUUCGGCCAGAGCAGCUGAUUGUGAAUGGGUUACCUCUGAAGCCAGAAGAGAUGGCCGAAUUGCUUGGUUGCGCUUUACCCCCACGGAAAUUGAAGCCUGGUUUGUAUUGGUAUGAUAAGGAAUCAGGUCUUUGGGGAAAGGUGGGAGAAAAACCAGAUCGAAUUAUAAGUUCGAACUUAAGUUUUACUGGGAAACUUAGUUCUAACGCAAGCAAUGGCAGCACUGAAGUUUACAUGAAUGGCCGGGAAAUUACAAAACUUGAACUGAGAGUCCUAAAGCUGGCUAACGUGCAGUGCCCACGUGACACUCAUUUUUGGGUGUAUGAUGAUGGUCGUUAUGAGGAAGAAGGUCAGAACAAUAUCAGGGGAAACAUUUGGGAGAAGGCUUCAAUACGGCUUGUUUGCACCUUGUUCUCUUUGCCUGUGCCCCAUGGUCAGCCUCAUGGACAAAGGGAUGAGGCUAGCGCUUAUACUACUGUUCCAAAUUAUCUUGAACAAAAAAAAAUUCAGAAACUUCUUCUACUUGGGGCUCAAGGCUCUGGAACCAGCACUGUUUUUAAGCAGGCCAAAUUUUUGUAUGGGAACAAGUUUACUGCUGCAGAAUUGCAGGAUAUUAAGCUUAUGAUUCAAAGCAAUAUGUAUAAAUAUCUUAGCAUACUGCUUGAUGGACGGGAGCGCUUUGAAGAGGAGGCCCUGCCAAAGAUGAAAGCACUAGGUUCUCAUGAUCAAACUACCGAGGCAGAUGUCGAUUCCAGUGGGAAUAGUCAAUGCAUCUACUCCAUCAACCCUAGGUUGAAGCAUUUCUCUGACUGGCUCCUAGACAUUAUAGCCACUGGUGAUUUGGAUGCAUUCUUCCCCGCAGCAACGCGCGAGUAUGCUCCACUAGUUGAAGAGGUUUGGAAGGAUCCUGCUAUACAGGAAACAUAUAGGAGAAAAGAUGAGCUUCAUUUCCUUCCUGACGUUGCAGAAUACUUCUUGAGCCAGGCUGUUGAGGUGUCAAACAAUGAAUAUGAGCCUUCAGAGCGAGACAUACUAUACGCAGAAGGGGUUACCCGAGGGAAUGGUUUGGCUUUCAUGGAGUUCUCCCUAGAUGAGCGUAGCCCAAUGUCUGAAACCUACACAGACAAUAUGGAUGCUGCACCCCCACCUCUAACCAGAUACCAACUUAUAAGAGUAAAUGCCAAGGGUAUGAACGAGGGCUGCAAGUGGGUAGAAAUGUUUGAAGAUGUCCGCGUGGUAGUUUUUUGUGUAUCAUUGAGCGACUACGAUCAGAUGUACCUUACCCGGGAAAAUAGUGGUAGUGUGUCCCUUCUUCAAACCAAGAUGACACAAAGCAAAGAGCUGUUUGAAACAAUGGUCAGUCAUCCCUGCUUCAAGGAUACCCCCUUUGUCUUGAUCUUAAACAAGUACGAUAUCUUUGAAGAGAAGGUCAAUCGUAUACCUCUAAGUGCUUGCGAGUGGUUCACUGAUUUCAGCCCGGUGCAACCGAGCAACAACAAUCAGUCACUGGCUCACCAAGCUUACUACUACGUCGCCAUGAAAUUUAAAGACCUUUACGCCUCUCUCACAGGUCGAAAGCUCUUUGUGUGGCAAACUAGGGCAAGGGACCGAGUGACAGUUGAUGAGGCAUUCAAGUAUAUAAGGGAGGUUCUAAAGUGGGAUGAAGAGAAAGAUGAGAACUAUUAUGGCAUGCAAGAGGAUUCAUUUUACAGUACAGAUGUGAGCUCCUCACCAUUUGUGAGGCAAGAGUGAGGUAAUUAAAACAUUUAACAUAUAUUUGCUGUGUAGAUAGAGAGGUAAAAGGGAAGGUCCAAUAAGUUUACUUGUUUUUUUUUAUUAUUAUUUUUUCAAAACACAUUGGUGGUGUUGCUUCAAGAAUCAUUUUGUAGAGUCAUGUUACUCUGCUGUCCAAGUGUAUAUUAGAGCUCCAGAUCCAGUUUGUGAAAUGAUGCAGAAGAGUGGUAUUAUUGUACUUCGUAUUCUUUCUCAAGAAUUCAAUGUCUUCACAUUAUCAUGGUA